GCCAUCAAGUAUUGCGGAGGUGCUAGUGCGCCUUUCCAGCUGUCAGGUGACAUCUGUGACGGUUGGGAAACAACUCCCCCAUAGCGGUAUUUCCUGACAUCUCAAGCUAUUAUGGAACGGUGUACGAGCUCUGAGCGCGCUUGCACGGUUCAUUGAGAGACAACAGAGCCAAAGAGAGCUCCGAUUCCUCACGGUGGGGCGGCAUGCCUUGUAGCCUAUAGCUGCGCUCAUCUCUGCAGUCUUUUCGAAGCCUUGGAGGCGAUACAUGUGAGCAGCUCUGAGAGGAAUCGCUGUUUGAUAUCUCUGCGUGCGCCGUGUGUGUGCUAACCGCACUGACUUUAUCGAGCAGGAAAAGAAAAGACUAUAGCCUACUCGCAUUUUCAGCAGUCUACAGGUUUCACGCUUACUGCAAUGAUGGAAUGACUUGUUCGGCAACCUGCUGUGAUUUCUUGCUCGUAUAAAUGAUAGGAGAUACGAUGACACUGCUCUCUCUAUUGGGUCGGAUCAUGCGUUAUUUCUUGCUUAGACCAGAGACCUUGUUUCUUUUAUGCAUUAGUCUGGCGUUGUGGAGUUAUUUCUUUCACACCGACGAGGUAAAAACCAUCGUCAAGUCAAGCCGCGAUGCCGUUAAAAUGGUUAAGGGAAAAGUGGCGGAGAUUAUGCAAAAUGAAAAAUUCGGCGGUCUGGACGUCCUGGACGCGGAGUUAGCCAAGACCUGGGAUUUCAAGAGCAACAAUGUAGCGGUUUACUCCAUACAAGGCCGCCGGGACCACAUGGAAGACCGCUUCAAUGUCCUGACCGAUGUUGUGAACAAGAGUCACCCAUCCAUAUUUGGGAUUUUCGAUGGCCAUGGUGGUGAAGCUGCUGCUGACUAUGUGAAGGCCCACCUGCCUGAUGCGUUGCGGCAGCAGCUCCAGGCGUACGAGCGUGAGAAGGAGAACAGCGUGCUCAACUACCAGACCAUCCUGGAGAAGCAGAUCCUCAGCCUGGACAAGGAGAUGAUCGACAAGCUCUCUGAGAAAUACGACGAAGCAGGCACCACCUGUUUGGUGGCCUUGCUCUCUGAUAAGCAGCUGACCGUGGCCAACGUUGGGGACUCCAGGGGCGUGCUGUGCGAUAGGGACGGCAACACCAUCGCGCUGUCCCACGACCACAAGCCAUACCAGCUGAGGGAGCGCAAGAGGAUCAAACAAGCAGGUGGUUUCAUCAGCUUUAACGGGUCUUGGCGCGUCCAGGGCAUUCUGGCCAUGUCACGCUCACUGGGCGACUACCCGCUGAAGAACCUCAACGUCAUCGUCCCCGACCCCGACGUCCUGACCUUUGACCUGGACAAGCUGCAGCCGCAGUUCAUGAUCCUGGCCUCGGAUGGCCUGUGGGACGCCUUCAGCAACGAGGAGGCCGUGCGCUUUGUCCGCGAGCGUCUGAACGAGCCGCACUUUGGCGCCAAGAGCAUCGUGCUGCAGGCCUUCUACCGCGGGUGCCCGGACAACAUCACAGUCAUGGUGGUCAAGUUCAAGGGGACCGGCAGCGGGAAGACGGCAGAGCAGUGAUGCGGUUGCCAUAGCCACCAGACGGACGGAUGGACACCGCCAUGGCAACCAAACCACCCAGAUUAAUAUUUAUCCACAAAUGUAUAUGGAAUCCAAAUGUAUGUAUGCAUAGGUACAACUAUUUCUUUUUUUCCAAUCAAAAAGUGUUUGUACUUUCAAGUAACUGUCACACAAGACGGAGUAGUCAAAAAUGACAUGGAAGUUGGUGUCUGGUCUGUUGAUCCUGGACCCACACCUUACUUUCACAGAGAGACCGGUCAUCUUCACACGUUAUAUAAGGGGGGAUUUCCACAACAGGUCUGGGCAUCUCACAAACCAUCUGACAGGCAAACAUGCCCAUAGAUCUGACCAUCAACACUUAAGACCAUCAAGUGGCACCUGCAUGAGUCUAGUUUGUGGGCUGAUGUGGGUAGCUGGGGCUUGGAGAGUCAGAAUAGUGACACCACCUCCUCAACAUCUAUCACUAGCUACUGGCUACUGAGAUGAGGGAAACGUUCUUAACAUGUGCAUUUCAUGCACUCUGUGGACAGUGACUACAUGGAUGAAUGAAUGAAUGAGAGAAUCAAUCAAUCAAGUCAGUCAACGAACAAACUAAUGAAUUGGCGAAUGAAUGAAGGAUGCCAUGCAUGUAAGAUCCUUAAAGCCAACACCCUUUUAGCCCAACUAGUGUGUAGUACCACCCGGACCGGAUAUAGCGACUCACACCUGUGUGGUUCUCAGCAUAUAGACCAUCAGGUAGUGAACGUGUGCAGGUGUUAUAAAAGUGAAAUGGUCUCACCCCUUAGCAGUCUCCCUCUGGCAUACUCUGGCUGGUGUAAUCAUUCAGUUUAAUUCUACAAAUUGCCCAGUAAAUGUACAAAUCUUCAAAUGUCGUUCUUAUCAUCAAUGCUACAUUGCCAUGAUUGCUUAGUGUAAUUGUUAUUAUUAAUUAUAAACAUGUAUUAUUGAAUGCAAGUGACUUGAUAUAUUGACAGAUUGUUACCUUACUGUAAAAAGAAUGUAAUAAUCCUUUGGCUGAAUAUCAAAUAUAGACCAAGUUUGAAAUUACCUUUUUUUUCACUGAAUCUAAUAAGAUAUGGUGUAGGUAGUCACAAUCUAAUCUAAGCCUUCUUUGUAAAACAAUUGAAGAACCUGAAAAUGCUAGUAUUAUAUAAUAUACAAAGACCAAGGUCUAUUAUCAUCAAGCAGAGCUGGUAUUAUAUUGAAAUGUUAGUAUUAUAUAAUAUAUAAAGACCAAGGUCUAUCAUUAUCAAGCAGAGGUGAUAUUAUAUUGUAUGUUUAAAAAAGUUGCUCCGUCAUCAAGCUAUAUGUUGUAUAUUCAGGUCACUAAAGUCCCUGUAAACCGAAAACAAAUGUGUUUUGAGUACGACACGCCACAGACAAUAGAGGGAGAGGGACAUUAACCACACAGACAAAUCUGAAUGAUCAAAAACAUUGCAAAGUACCGGUAUAUUAUUAAAGUAAGUUUCAAAAUCGUGAAAAAAUGGACAGCAGGCCCCUGGUCUCUAACACUGUGGGCAGAUCCACUGGCUGUGUGGCUGUCCCUCUCAAUUGGUCUAGCAUAUAGUUCCAACCAUUCUCUAAAUCAGCUGAUUCUAAUUUGCAUUCCAAACAAAUGUCCGAUUUUGGUUCACAGGGACUGUAACGUUUUUGCUUCACGAGUUAAGUUUGUGUUUUUGAAAUAAUAAUAACUUAAUGUGCAUUUAAUGGGAAAUUUAGCAAGUGCCAGACAAUGAUGUAGUUUGAAUGACAUUCAGGUAUUCCAUUUCAUUGUAGAUUUUCUGAGACUGUCUUCUGUCAGUUUCAAAAAAAGAAUACUAUGUAAAAUAAAACCACAAAGGUUGUUGUGA